UUUGUGUGAAUUUUCAUUCACUGCGGUCAUUACGGUAUUUUUCAAUUUAAAAGUACAAAACUAAUUUCACUGUCUGAUAAUACGGAUUACGUUUUGAACUAAAAAAAAAAUAAAAAAGACUUUCUAGCAAUUAUUUCAAAGUGAAUUAAAAGCAAACAGAAAAUAAAAAUUUAUAAAAAUCAAUCGAUCAAAAUGGUGAUUGAUAUUAAAAUGUGUCGUUUUGAAAAUGUCCCUUGGGGCUUUCGUCUGGUCGGUGGUUCGGAUUUUGAAUUUCCAUUAACGGUGGUUAAGGUCACUGAAGGCAGCAUUGCCGAAAAUGCUGGCUUAAUGGAGGGCGAUGUAAUUGUACGCAUUAAUGACACCGCUGCCUCUCCACUAACUCACGAAGAAACUAACAAAAUUAUCAAAGGUUGUGGUAAUGUGUUUUUCUUUGGUGUACAAAGAGAAAACGAAGAAGAAUAUACCACACCUAAGGCUUUUCCUGUUACGGGACGUGUAAGUUCACCAAAAUCAUUUCUGGAAGCCAGGGCAGGUAGUACCACACCACCUGUUAUUAUAGAUACACAAAAAGAGGAGGAGGUUAAGUUAAAUGAGGCGGAUUAUAUAUCCGAUUUGGAAGAGAGGCCUUGUUCGGUAUUAUCCGAAGACUCGGAACGUAAAUUGGUGGAAGAAGAAAUAGCCGCUGUUUUGUCGGGUGAAUCGGAAGUUCUUAAGGAACACAAUACCAUGGGUGAUGUGCUGCGUACUCUCAAUGAGGAGGCCACCAAGACUAAAGCCGAAAAGGAUAAAGAGAAUCGGAAAUGGACCACAUUUUUGCAAAAACCUGAUCGUCCCAUACCAAAAAGUAAACAACAAAUAGAGGCAGAAAGACGUGCGGCCAAUGCUUACAAAGUCAAAAUUAUCAGGGGCUCAACAAUGUCACGCUCGGUAUCACCAGCACCACCACCCAGACCAGUAGAAGAGGUUAAGCCACCCAAGGAACCUACACCACCACCAGUUGUUGAGCCUGAACCAGAACCCGAACCAGAGCCAGAAGCACCAACACCAGUUGAUACUGAGGUGCCCAACUUGGAGGAAACAACCGGCAAUACUGACGAAUCGAACGAACAUGAAGAAACUGAAAAAACCGACAAAGAAAAGGAAUCUACACCAGAAACCAAAGAAACCGCAGAAACUGAUAAGAUUGCAAGUGAUGAACCCACUGUUAAUAUAAACGAAGCAGAUGAAUCCAAACCUGAAAUAGUCAUUGAAAAAACUGAAGAAGAAUUAGCCUUGGAGCGGCAAUUAGCUGAUGUGCAAAAACAAUUAGCUGCUUUAUCUAGUUUACCCAGCACCAUACAAUCAACAUUGGAUGUAGUUACUAAACAACUGGCCGAUAUAUUGCCAACAUUUAAAUUACAACAGGAACAACCACGCAAACUGUCUGGUAGUGUACCACGCGAAAUCAGUUUGGAGAAAAUCUGUGAAAUGGCAGAGGAAGAAGACCGUGGAAAUGAUGGAAAUAAGGAUAUUAAUGAAAAUGACAACGAAGCUGAAAAACGUCAUGAAUCAGUUGAUAAUGUAAGCACUCACACAGGCAGCAGCAAGCAAGUGGCAGAGCUAGAGCAAAAACAGGAUAAUAAAGCUAACGAACAAAUUGCGAAUGACACUAAUGAAGCGCGUGAUACAAUUGACAAGAAUCCAAUUAAGCAACAGGAAGCUGCUUCCAAGUACAGUAGAAGCAGCAAUGAGGAAACCCUUCAAAUGGAGGAAGAACAAAAAUUAAAAAAACAAAAGAAAUACGAUGUCAUUGAGGAACUUGAAGAGCAUUUGGAGCGUAAAAGCAAUCCAAAACGUUCGAAACGUGCUUUUGGGCCGUUAACACCAGCAUCGGAUCGUCCUUUAGUAUUACCGGGUGGUCGCCGUUGGUAUCGUCCUAAGGAUGCUUAUAACGAUGAAUUCAUAGCGGAAACAUUAAGUGCACAAGCUGAGCUUAUUACCGGCACUACUUUAGGAGUCAACUUCAUGAAGUAUCAGAAACCUGAGAAAAAAAUUGACUUGAAUAGAAGUGAAGUUUACAAAGUAAUACAUCAUUUGGACCGACAACCAGUACGCGGCAUUGAAGUACGACCACCCGUUGUGCCGGCAGAAGCCGAUAUAAGAAAAUCCCUACAUUCUUAGACAACUCAAAGCAAACACAUAUUACUUGCAUGUGUGUCUACAUGCCCCAAAUUAAGGUGCUGGCAGUAGUGAUUGAAAUAAGUUUGUUGCAACCUGAUUAUAUUUUGAUGGGGUUUUCUUCUUUUUUUUUUGGUUUGGCAUGGCUGGCAAAACCAACAUGAAUGUUGCAGAAUUAAAGCAAAAAAAUAAAAACUUUAACAAAAAAGUUAAACAUACUGCUGGAUUUGUGUCAUCCUAGUUGUACAUUAGUUCUUAUGGUAGUUUUAUAAAAGAAAGUUCUAGUUUUUGAGUACUAAGUUCUGUGCAGUUUUUCCUUUUUUGAUUUCAUUAUUCUUUAAAAUAUUUCAAUGUAAAAUGUCAGACAAUCCAAAGAACUUUAAAUGUAACUUGAUAAAAAUAAAAUCACACAAAAAAACAUA